AUGACACUGGUGUACUUCAGUAACUACCCAGUAUGGCUGACAGGAGUUAUGUACAAAAGAAGGAGAAUUCACAAUGGAGAAAGACCUUACAAGUGUAGAUUCUGUGACAAAACUUUUACUCAAAAAGGGAGUUGCACUAACCAUGAAAGAAUUCACACCGGAGACAAACCUUACAAGUGUAGAUUUUGUGACAAAACAUAUAAAGACAAAAUUUCUUGCAUAUAUCAUGAGAGAAUUCACUCUGGAGAGAGACCUUACAAAUGUAGAUUCUGCAACAAAACUUUCCCUAUAAAAGGAAACUGCACUAACCAUGAAAGAAUUCACACCAGAGACAAACCUUAUAAGUGUAGAUUCUGUGACAAAACUUUUAAAUACCAAAAUUCUUGCAUACGUCAUGAGAAAAUUCACACUGGAGAGAGACCUUACAAAUGUAGAUUCUGUGACAAAACUUUCGCUCAAAAAGGGAAUUGCAUCAGCCAUGAAAGAAUUCACAUCAGAGACAAACCUUACAAGUGUAGAUUUUGUGACAUAAGUUUCACUCUCAAAGGGAAUUGCACUGAUCAUGAAACCAUUCAUGGAGAGAAGCAUAAUCAAAGCAAGCACUGUGACACAGAGUUUAUGACAAAAUUGGCCUUCACUAGUCCUAAAAGAAUGCACACCUGUGAGAAACCUUAUACAUGUGGAAUAGAAUUUAGUCAAGAGCAUAAUUGCAAAACACAUGAAACAAUGCACAUCCAAACAAAAUAUAGUUCAAAUACUUUAAGAGGAACUAAAGGCAAUGAAAGUGGGUGUAACAAUGCUCCAGAUUCAGAGGGGGAGACAGCUGAAAUAAGGAACGUGGAAAAUGAACUGACAAACAAUAAUGCCAAAACCCAUCAUAUAUAUGAGGAAGAAAGAACAAAAUACUAUUUUAAAGGUGAUGACACUUUUACCACGGAGAAUAUCACCAUCAUUACUGACAAUGAUGUCUAUGAAAUACUUACUGGCAUAAAAAGGACCACGCCAGGUGUCAUCACAACAGUUAUGAAAAAUCCUUUCUACAACUCAAAAUGAUAUGUUCGGAUGACAGAAACAGAAAACUAACAAAAACAGCUAUUUCGAACAAUCAAGACAAUUUAUGAAAACCAUCUGAAUCAUAUUUUUUUAACAUACACAAUUUAUUCAUUCAAUGUGUUAAACAAUAUUUAUUGCUCUCAAACGUACAUUGUGGGUUCAAUAAUUAUCAGACACUAUUUUUAGAUCACCAAUAAGAAUACUAAGUACAACUCAUGCAUUUUAGUCAUUCAGUGUUAAAGCAAUUAUAACUCUUCCUUUGAGAUUCAAAAUUCCGCAUGAAAUACAUUGUAAACAACGC